AUCUCCCAAUGUCAGAGGAGGCCUUAAUCCAUGCAGGCCUUGAGCAUAGACUGAUGUCAGGCACUCCAGUCUCCGCCCUGCUCCCUGCUUCCCAGAGUGGUAGCCCCACCAAGGCCAGAGCUGCCUGCCUACCUACAGGACCUGGGUAUAGCCCAGCCAGGUGUCUGCUGCUGGCCAGGAGCACUCCAACCUUGGCCAGGUCACCAUGUUGGGCCCCAUACUCCUGCUCCUGGCCCUGCUCCCAGGGACCUCCUGUGUGCCCAGUACACCACUUGCACCCCCACUCCCCAGGGGUUCUGGCCACUGGCUUCGCAGACCCCUUUUCAGCCUGGAGCUGUCAGACGCGGAGGACGCCAUUCCUCGUCGCGCCGGGCCGCUGGAGGUUCCGGCAGACAGCCGAGUGUUUGUGCAGGCGGCCCUGGCCCGUCCUUCACCCCGCUGGGGUCUGGCCCUGCACCACUGCUCAGUCACGCCAUCCUCUCGCCCUGCCCUGGGGCCUGCCUUGGUGCUGUUACGCGCGGGCUGUCCCGCUGACUCCUCGGUCACCUUCCCGCCAUCUCUGCAUCCGGAUGCUGCUCGCCCUACACGCUUCAGUUUCCGCCUACGCCCUGUUUUCAAUGCCUCGGUGCAGUUCUUACACUGCCAGAUAAGCCGCUGCCGCCGUCGCCGCCACCGAGCUGUCCCCGGGACGCCUACGCCACUGACCCUGCCAUCGCGGGUGCGCUGUCUGCCUCAGGAUGAGGCGUGCGCUGCUGGCACCAGCGGCGGCGAGAGCCUGGGUAUGGACAGUCCCCACCUGCACACGCUGACGCAACCCAUCGUGGUCACAGUACCGCGGCCGCCCCCUCGGCCGUCCAAGAGCCUCCCCGGCAGAGCCGUACACUCGGAGCCGCCGGCUGCAGCCCCUGCAGCCCUGGAGCCCGCGCCAGUGGUGGCGCUGGUGUUGGCGGCCUUUGUGCUGGGCACUGCGCUGGCUGCUGGGGUCGGCCUCGUCUGCACUCACUCAGCGCCCCUACCCCCGGGCCAGCUCCCUAGAGCUUCGCCCAGCGGCCCCCAGGGGUCCCGAAGGCCCCAGUAAAGCCGGUAGAUACUUUUAUAAUUCCCAUUAGAGGCCAGGACGUGGAGCAGGAUGCCUUUAAUUCCAGCACUCAGGAAGCAGAGGCCAGCCUGGUCGACAAUGAAUUCCAGGCCAGUUAGUGCUACGUUCUGAGAU